AAACUCCUCACGUCAGGUCUCUCUUCUCGCCCGACAUCGUCUGUGCCGCUUUAAGAUAGCGCCAAGUAUAAAAUCAUGACUGUUUCCUCUGCCGCUCCAUCCCAUCUUCGACUGCGUCCGAAGCAUCAUCAUUGGGAUAUACUGCGCCAGUUCUUUGUUCGAACAGGAGGCACCGCUCAUUCUCUUUCCGGAAGCACUACAACCGAUUGGACGGACACGGUGAGGUGAAGAAUCUAUCUCGGGCAAACCUCUUAUUCUUUUCCACACGAGAUUUGGGAAUACAGACAUUACUCCCUACACAAUGGCGCCGCAUCCCUUCAGGACCCUGACUGUCGAAGAGACACGAAUCGCCCGCGAUGUCAUCCUUAGCCUCCAUCGAGAUGUUGUCGUCGACUUCCGUGAGAUUUACCUCCAGGAGCCGGAGAAAGAGCUCAUGAAGCAAUAUCUGGCUCUCGAGCAUGCUGUUCAACCUGGGCAGUCACCGGCCUCCAAGCAGCCUCCGCGGUUGGCGAAAUGUCAGUACGAUGUCAUUGGACCUGACCGGAUUCCGGCGUACCACGAGGCGGUUGUUGAUGUGCAGACGAAAAGAAGAGUGAAGUAUGAGAUAAUUGGGAAGGAGCAUCAGGCGAGUUUGACCCUCUGGGAGUUCCAAACUCUAUUGCAGGCGUGCAAAGAGAGCGAGGAAUUCCAGAAGGCUGUUGCUGAGUUUAAGUUACCGGAGGGCUUCGAGUUGGUUGUUGAACCCUGGCCGUACGGUGGGCUCGAUUAUGAGACGGAGAAUCGGAGAUACUUUCAGGGCUUGUGCUUCGCACAGGAUACACGGAACGGCAACGCAGAUUCGAACUUCUACGCUUACCCACUUCCGUUGAUCCCUAUCCUGGACGCGCAUUUGAAGAAGGUUAUCCGCAUUGAUCGCCUUGCUACAGGAGGUAAGGGCGACAGUCUCACCGGCAAGACGCACUCAGAACGUGUUUUGGAUCACUGUCAGUCUGCAGAAUAUGUCCCAGAGCUGCUACCAGGAGGCACGCGGAAGGACAUGAAGCCCAUCAACAUCCUGCAGCCUGACGGGCCGUCCUUCAGAGUUACGGAUGAGUCGCUCGUAGAAUGGCAGAAGUGGCGAUUCCGAGUAUCAUUCAACCCUCGCGAAGGCGCCGUGCUUCAUGACGUCCACUACGAUGGCAGGAGCAUUCUCUAUCGCUUGAGCAUGAGCGAGAUGACGGUGCCUUACGCUGACCCCCGUCCGCCAUUCCACCGCAAGCAGGCCUUCGAUUUCGGAGACGGUGGUGCAGGCAAUUGUGCUAACAAUCUCUCGCUCGGCUGCGAUUGCCUAGGUGUGAUCAAGUACUUUGAUGCAGUUGUGGUAGAAUCUGACGGCGAGCCGAGAGUGCACCCUAAUGUCAUCUGCCUCCAUGAGCAGGAUAACGGCAUCGGUUGGAAGCACACGAAUUGGAGGACGGGUCGUGCGGUCGUAACCCGGCUUCGCGAACUUGUCGUCCAAUUUAUCAUCACCCUCGCGAACUACGAAUACGUCUUCGCGUACAAGCUGGACACUGCUGGAGGCAUUAUGCUAGAGGUGCGAGCAACUGGUAUCGUGUCAGUCGUCAACAUCGACCCCGGGAAGACGUCCGAGUACGGAAACGUGGUGUCCGGAGGCGUGCUUGCCCAGAAUCAUCAGCACAUCUUCGCAGCUCGGAUUGACCCAGCAAUCGACGGCCAUAACAAUACGGUAUUUUACGAAGAAUCACACACCGCGCCAUGGGAUGAGAAGACCAAUCCGAAGGGCAACUUCUAUGAAAUCCGCAAAACCUUCGUCGACAAGUCCGCCGGCCUCGACGCCGCUCCCGAACACAACCGCGUAUUUAAGAUCAUGAACUCCACGAAGAUAAAUCCGCACAGCGGCAAUCCCGUAGCGUACAAAUUCAUGCCGCCACCAACACAGAAGUUGCUUGCCCAGCCAGCAAGUAUCCAGGCGCAGCGAGCACUUUUUACGCAGCACCAUGUGUGGGUUACGAAGUAUAAGGAGAACGAGUUGUAUGCGGCUGGUAGGUAUACACUACAGAGUCAGAAGGAGGUUGGCGGUGUGGCCGACAUGGCGAAGAGGAACGAUUCCGUGAAGGAUGAGGACAUUGUGCUGUGGAAUGUCUUUGGCCUGACGCACAACCCUAGGGUCGAGGAUUGGCCUGUAAUGCCUGUCGAUAUCUUCCAGGUCCAUUUCAAGCCUUCCGACUUCUUUUCGGCUAAUCCGGCAAUUGAUGUCCCUUCGACGAAAAACAAUUCCUCAAUACUAGUUGGGAAGGAAUGCUGUUCGGAAAAGCUGUGAGAGGCUCAAUGGGUAGGAUUCUGGUCGAAUGCUAAGAGAGUAGAGAUGAAACUUCACAGCCGUAUGCAGUAGCUGAGUGAUGUAUCAUAUGGUCAUUUUUACUUCUC